AUGUCGCUGAGCCCGUUGCCCUUCCAUCUCGGUGACUUCUCCAUCCCGUCAUCGUGGAUCUGGACGCUGCUUUUGACCAUCGUCGUCCUGACCAAUUUCAAGUGCCUCCCGCUAGCAUGGCAUAUCCGCGUGCUUCGAGGAUAUCGAUACCUGCUACGAUCCAACCGGCCGAGGGAUGGUCCUACGCCCGCGCAGCUCUUUCAGCCGCUGAUCAUUUCGUCGGGGAAUUCGCUGUUUGAAUUGGACUAUAACAUACACAAAUCGAACAGCACCUACUUCGCCGACCUGGACAUCGCGCGAUGCCAUCUGAUGUGCACGCUGUUCUCGCGCGGCGUGGACUACGCGCGCAACGCCCGAAAACGAGCCGGCAUUCUGGGCGUCUCUGACGAUCUGAUCGGCCUAGCCCUGGGGGCUGUGAGCUGCACCUUCCGGAAGGAAGUGAAGCCGGGCCAACAGUACGAGAUCUGGACGCGCGUGCUCACCUGGGAUGAGAAAUGGAUGUACAUCGUCUCACACUUUGUGCGCAAGGACGUCGUGCGACCGCGCUCCUUCACUUUCAUGUCCAGCCAGUCUCGUGCUCCUCGACAGGGAAAACUCAAGGAUCUGGCGGGCAAAGAAGACGCCAUCUUCGCCUCCGCACUGAGCAAAUGCGUCUGGAAGAAGGGCCGUCGUACGGUCCCGCCGGAGAUCAUGCUGCAGGUCUCCGGCCUGCUGCCCGCUCGACCAGGACAGGAAGACUUCGUGGCUGCCCUGUUCGACGAGCCGCUGGGCAAGCUCACGUUCUCCAAGCAGGCGGAGGAAUACUACGACAUCCCGUUCAAGAUGCUCGAGAAGAUCGAGACGGCGUGGGACACGCUCAAAGAGCACUUUGUCUCGAUGGAGUCGGAUGAGCAGACCGAAGAGGAGGGCCUGAUCAAGGAUAUGCAUAUGGGUCGUCGCCAGCGGCGCACAGAAGAAUGGACCUGGGAACGGGUCGAAGCUGAAAGGCAACGGGGUAUGGAGAUCGCCAAGUGUCUUGCGCAGCUGGACCAGCUGCAUGGCGAGUUCUCUGCCGAUACAGACGCCUUGGCAUGGCGACGAGAUUGGUGCGACUUGGCACAUGUGUCUGACUCUGGCAUCUGGAGCCAUAAUCAUGGUACAGUAUUCAUAUUACCUCUGUGCUGGAUCUGCAUCACAUGGAAAAUGAUGUAUGGGACCGAACAGGGUUCUUACGGGAAAACUGCCUACCAGAUAAGUGUAGAACAAUCACAUGAGUUACGCCACGUGUGCCAACAAGAGCUUCGUUCAGAUAUCAUAUGA